AUGAAGACGAUGAUGGGAUUGAGAUCCUUAUUCCGAUCACUCAACUCUUCCAGAUCUUAUUCUUCCCGUGCCUUCACCGCCGCCGCCGCCGCUACCACCAACCUUCGAGCCCUUUCUUCUCCUCGCUUUCUCAAUCCUCUCUCUCCCUCCUCAGAAUGCAGGUCUCCUUUCUCGAAUGGAGUAGGAAGCUUGCGAUUUUAUAGCGAAGAUGUGAGUCAUGUGCCUGAGAUUAAGGAUGCUGAGCUUUACAGCGUUUUCAAGGAUUUGUUGGCUGAAAAUUGGAGUGAUAUUUCGGAUGCUGUUGUUUCUGAUGCUAAGCAUGCGUUGGCGAAAAGUACAGAAGAUGAGGCUGGUAAGGAGGUUGUGACCAAUGUGUUCCGUGCUGCUCAGGCUGUUGAAGAGUUUGGUGGGAUCCUUGUUACCUUGAAGAUGGAAAUUGAUGACAGCAUCGGCAUGAGCGGCGAGAAUGUAAAGCCUUUGCCUGAUCAUGUGAACAAAGCUCUGCAUACAAUUUUUGAUCGCUAUACCACCUAUCUGAAUGCUUUUGGUCCUGAGGAGAACUAUCUGCGGAAGAAGGUGGAGUCAGAAUUGGGUACAAAGAUGAUUCACUUGAAAAUGAGAUGCAGUGGCCUUGGUUCUGAGUGGGGAAAGGUUACGGUUCUUGGAACUUCUGGACUUGCGGGUUCAUAUGUUGAGCAAAGAGCAUAG